AGCCCCGCCCCCAGGAAGGAGAGCAGCAGCUCCCGACAUGGAGGAGUAUCAGCCCCACGGUGACGAGAUUGGCUUCAAUGCCGAUGAAGCACAUAAUAUAGUGAAAGAGUGCGUAGAUGCUAUCUUGGGUGGCGUAGAUUAUAAUCAAAAUAAUGUCAACCAGUGGACUGCAACAAUAGUGGAACAAUCAUUAAAACAUUUGGUAAAGUUAGGGAAAACUUAUAAAUACAUUGUUACCUGUGCAGUGAUGCAGAAGAGUGGAUCUGGUCUUCACACAGCCAGCUCCUGUUUUUGGGAUACCACUUCUGAUGGAACUUGUACCGUGAGAUGGGAGAAUCGGACCAUGAAUUGCAUUGUUAAUGUUUUUGCCAUCGCUAUUGUCCUGUAACUAGCUGGAAACACUGGUUGCAUCAAAACCUUGAAUGUUAGAAAUGAUCAUGUAGUCUUGAAAAAAUAUUGCUGGUAUUAUUUAAUUAUUUUGCUAAUGCACUUACGGAGAAGAUGUGCAAUUUUCUUCAAAGCAUUCAAAAAAAUAGGGAACGUGCAAGUAUAGUGGAGCUCAGUAAGUUGGCAACCAAAUCUCAUACACUACACAGCAGUCUUUAAUAAACAUUUUGGAGUCACAUGUAAAAUUAAAGUGCGGGACCUGAUUUUUGCAUCAGCCUUUAUUUACUAUAUGGUUUCAAGGAGAUCGAAGAAGAUGUUUCAGAUUGUAAAAUUUGUACUCAACACAGGAAGGUAUGAGGAAUACAGACAGGCCCAGGAACACCAAAAAGACUGUAGAAACUAACUAAUGCAAUCUACACAGUGCCUCUUUUUUUCACCUGGUUAAAUAUAUAGAUAGAUAGAUAGAUACUGGAAGAUCUUUUAUUACUUUGAAAUUUGGAUAUAGCUUUAAAAAAGCUAUUUGUAGAAGAGAUUCAUUUAGUCUAUGCAUUUGCUAUCGAGGAUUAUUAAAAUGACAAUGAAUUUCAUGUUUAUAUUUUCUGAAUAUCGUUUUGGAACGCUGCUUUAAUUUUAAAAUCCCCAAAUUCGCAGCUGAGCAGUUUGUCAAAAUCCACUCUUCAACUGAACAAAACACGUUUUGGUAUGCAUACAGACUGACUCAGUGGCUAGACUUCUUUAUCUUUCAAGUCAUCCACUUUCUGAUCAUACUUCUGGUGCUAUGCUAUGAACAUAUGUUUAUUUUCUGUUCUUUGAAUUCGUAUGUAUUUGGCCCAGUUUAAGGCUUGUAAUUCAACCGCUUUCUUCUGUGGGGGAAAAGUCAAAUCCCAGCAGCUGUAUUGAGUAAUCUCUGUUCGGAGAGGACUCUGUUUAGUCAGUGAUCAUAAGAACUAUUUAAUGUAAAACUAGGAAGGGCAGCAAAGUACAUAUGGAUUUAUAUAAGAAAACUGAGGUGCCUAACAUCAGUCAUAAAAGGCCUUAUUCUUAGUGUAAUUGCACUAUAUACUAAUGUUUUAUGGUCUCUGUUAUAAGAAUUGCUACUAUUUGUAAAUACUUUCCAUUUGGACUUAAAGGGUAUGGAAUAAGCUAAAAACAUAAUUUAUACUUUUGUUAAUCAGUCAUUCAAUCAGUGGUAUAUAUUGAGCACUUGCUGUGUGCAGAGCACUGCGCAAAGUGCUUGGAAGAGUACCAUACUGUACAGUAGGUAGACACAUUCCCUGCCCUCAAGGAGUUUACAAUUAGCAAAUUAUCAAAUAACUCAGGGCCUUUGAAAUGUUGAAAAAUACGUUAGUAUUAAAAAUUUAUUUUAAUUUGCUGGGCUUCUUAAGCAUAGAGAUAAAAUUAGAAAAUUGUCAAUGCAAAAAGUCAUUGUCUAAAAGUCUGAAUUUAUGUAGUGGAACGCCAGUAUGUGACAUUUGUCUGAGAAAUAUUUAGCAUUAGUAUUAUGAACAUGAACAAAGGGAUAUCUUUUGAUUAAGCCAUAUCUGUAUACCGCUUUAGUUGUUUUUUUAAUCGAUAUGCUAAAUUAAGAGUUUAAGAAAAAAUGACAUAAAAGAUAAAAUUUUAAAGCCAAGGAUUGUCAAAAACUUCUUAUGGGAUCUACUUAGUAACAACCGUUAGUUAUCAGUUAAUCUGAAUUCCGUUUUUGGUUUGGUUUCUGUAAUAGGGCCCCCCCACCCCACCCCCGCAAUAUCUAUGUAACUAAAGUCACUGGAAUGCUCCAAUAGAGGACCGGUUACGGUUACCUAAAAUUAAAAUAUAAAAAAAUACUGAAAUCGUUUGUCUUAGAAAUUGCUUAAUAUUCCAGUCCUAGCAGAAAUAAAGAUUGUUUGCUUUAACCACA